GCCCUGUGUGGAACGAGGCUGUGAGCUCUGUGUGGGGCUGUGAGCUCUGUGCAGUGUGGGGCUGUGAGCCCUGUGGGUGCUCUGGGGCUGUGAACCCUGUGUGGUGUGGGGUUGUACAGCUCUGUGUGCUCUAUGGGGCUGUGAGCCCUGUGUGGGCUGGGCUGGGUUGUGAGCCCUGUGUGCUCUGUGGGGCUCUGUGCUCUCGGCUCUGUGGGGCUGUGAGCCCUGUGUGGGGUGGGCUGGAUGGGCUCUGUGCUCUGUGGGGCUCUGUGGGGCUGUGAGCCCUGGGGGUGCUCUGGGGCUGUGAGCUGUGUGGGAUGUGGGGCUGUGAGCUCCGUGGGGCUGUGAGCCCUGUGUGAGGUGGGGUUGGGUUGUGAGCCUGGUGAGUUCUGUGGGGCUGUGAGCCCUGUGUGAGGUGGGGUUGGGUUGUGAGCCCGGUGAGUUCUGAGGUGAGUUCUGAGGGGCUGUGAAUGCUGUGGGGCUGAGAUCAGGACCCCGGUGUGAUCUGGGGGUCAGCCUGUGUCUCACAUGAUGUGGGGCUCAGUCCCUGUGUGACGUGGCCAUCCCUGGCGGUCAGACCCUCCAUGUGGGGUGGGCUGGGGCUGUUCCCCCUCUCUGGUUUGGGGCUGGGGAUCAGGCCCUGCCAUGCCAUCUGGUGUGAGGCUGCAGCUUCUGUUUCCCAUGGAAUGGAGUCCCUUUGGGAGCCAAGGCUGGGGGAAAAUCAUGCAGACACUGUGACAUUUGUGAGGGAGCCACAGCUCUGUCUCUGGAACAGGGGUGAAAGUGAUAACAAGGCAGAAGAAUGAGUCAUGGAGGUCUAGAAGUGACAGGAGCUGCAAGAGUAAUUUCCGUCCUGUCUCCUGCUGUAGGGCAGGAGCCAGCUUAGACCUUGUAUCAAACCUGUUCUUUAAAGGUCCUGGAAUAAAGAGGAGUAAAAGGGAAAGUAGAAAUUAAACAAGUGUGGGAAGAGCCUGUGGGAUUUCCUCGCUGGGCUGCUAUUCCCCUCCUUGAGCCAUGUUUGACAGAGCAGCUCUCAAGGACAGUCUGAAUUUGUGUUUUUAUGCCAUGCAGCAGAACCAGUAAAAUGGCUAAAACUGCAGGCAUCAGCCACAAGUUCCCAAACCAAGGAUUAUUUCCCUGACUCAAUAUUCCCCCUCCCCUUUAAUGGAGACACUUCAUUUGUUCCCACAGCCUAAAACUUCCAACUGAGCUGUUAUUUCUUUCUGUGCUGAGAAAUUUUAUCCCAGGCAGGGCUGGACCCUUCACUGUUGCUCUCUUCAUACCAACCGUGGUUUUUUCCUUCAAACUAAACCCCAUCAUUAUCAAGUAUUGUCAUCUGAUACUUUUCCAUCUAAUUCAGUUUCCUGCUUGGAGGUGGUAGCCCCAUGUCCCUCAGUCUGUGGGGAUCCCUCUGCAGCCCCACAUGUGAACUUUGGGGUCUGGCAGCUUUGUUUGUGGAGGUGACAUCAUGGCGUUUUCCCCAUGGCAACAGGAGGAUGCUGAACGCGAGGAGAUUUUCAGUGGGAACAGAGCAUGCAGCCAAAGGCAAGUCUGAGACGUUAAUUAGUUAAUUAGGGUAAAAAUAAAGAUGAAUGUGGGAAAUCCCAGAGGCUGACAGGCUCAUGUUUCCAGUUUAAUGUUUUCUUGCAGACACACCUCCCAUGAACACAUUUAAUUUGGGUUAGUCCCAUUUUAGAGAGGGGAAAACAGGUACUGAGAAGACAACUGGCUUCUUAUCAGGCAGCAUUGGCUGGGGGCAGAUCCUUCCAACACCUCCUUGCUGCUCCUUGACCUUGGCUGCAAUCAUUCCUUGGUAUUUUCAGGGCUGUCAGUGAGCUGUGACUGUGGUGGGUGUUUCUCUGUUCUGUCCAUGAGGAAGGACUUUUCUCCUCAGUCUCUCAUCUCCUCUCAGGGCAGGGAUGGGUUCCUGGAGGUGUGGGUUUCCUGUGGGUUCCAUGCAGGGUUCUUGAUUUUGCUGGAGACUCUGCUGCCAUAUAAUUGCAUAUUUAUUCAUUUAAACAUGAGAUAAAUAUUCAAACUAGUUUAAAGAAAUGCUUAUUUAUUUAAACCAGCAGACUGUGGCUGUGCUGGAAUGAGAGAGCUCACAAUGGUGGAGGUUGGAUGGUGGAAUGAAUGUCAUUGAAAUUACCUCUGGUCCUUACACCCCAAACAGAUCAGAGUGUUCCUUGCCCACACACAAACCUGCUGCAAGGAGGAGGAAGAGGGAGAGGAAAACGAGGAAAAGCAGGAGGAGAAGGAGGAGGCAGUCCCUGUCCAGCCCUGUGUCAUCACUUUUUAUCCAUCACAAUCUCCCAACAGGGUGAUUAUUUCUUUCUUCAGAGCAUUCCAGGCUGAGGAAAAUGGCAUUUACAUACAGAGCACACAUGGAGAUCAUGGGAAGUGCUCCUUGCUGUCCAUCCAGCAGGAGAUUUGGGUUGUAUUGCUUCUUUUCUGGUUUUUUUUUUUUUGUUUUUUUUUUUUUUUUUUUUUUUUUGUUUGUUUGUUUGUUUUUUUGGUUGUUUUUUUUUCCCUGUUUUGAGCCCAUCUGAAUCUCCCAGCACAAGAGCACCACACUUGCACAUUUGAGUGAGCUGGGUAAUGAGCCUGGAAAGCCUGUCCUGUGCUUGGCCAGUCCCAGAAUCCACCCAGGCAUGAACCAGGACUGAAAAUAUUCCUCUGUGGUGGUUAGAGGUGCUGCUGUUGCCUGGCCCCAGGUGGGUAAAGCCACAAGCUUUGAGAUGGCGCUUAGGUGACCUCAAAUGCUACUUCUAGCUUGUCCCGUCCUCAGUUUUGCCUCGCUUAUACACAUCCCAUUCCCCAGUGCUGCUCCCUGGGAGGGGCUGGCCCUCAUUGACGGUGGGGUGUCCUGGAGAAGAUGAGGGGGAACAAACACCAGCUGCAGGCCCCUGUGAGCUGUUCUGGGAGCACUUUUGAUCACUGUGGUGAUGCAGCUUCAGCAUCAGCACAAAAUAUUAAUUCCCCCCCAAAACAACUGUGUCUUCCUGAGGUCUCACACUUGCCUCAUCCAUCAUGUCAGAUGCUGCUUUAUCUUCUAAACAAAUACCCUGCUGCUACCACAUUUGUUGGUUUGAAUCCCAGGAUUUCUCCUGGCAUAUGUUAUUUUCUUCCCAGAAGCCACAAGCCGUGGUAAACAAACAUUUACAGGCACCAGGAACACGGGACCUGGGUUUUUCCAUGGCUGACUUAUUUGUCUGGCAAGAACCAUAAAUUCUCGAGGUUCAGGGCUGAAGUCAGCCCUGGGAGCUGGGCUUAGGAAAAAAAUUCUUGAACAGGCAUUUGUUUGUGGAGUUUUUUGCCAUUUCCUCUGAAACACAUUGUUCUUGUGGAGCAAGAUGGGUCACUAGGGGUGCCACAUGUCUGGUCAUCCCAAUCCUGCAGCAUGGAUGUGUCCUUGGAGGCCAGGGGGACAAAGAGGAGCUUCACCCUCGGUAUGCUCUGACCCAGGCUCAGUGUCCAGCUCUGCUUUGGGACAAUGCCCAAGUGUGUGUCCCCCCAGCUGCCUCAGUUUCCCCUUUCUACAAGUUGUUGUUCCUGGGUUUAAGUGUAAGCUGCUCAGGGCAGGGACUGUAUCCCACCAGGGUCACCCCCCAGUGACAGCACUGCUCCUGUGGGGAGGGUCCCUCUAGUCCCCAUGGGUGGGGGCUGUGGUUGAGGGGCUCGAGUGUUCCUGGAGAGGAGAGGGUGCAGGAGCUGAGAUGGGAAUGGGGGCAACAGCAAGGCUGGAAGAGAGAUCCAGCCUAGGGCUGCAGAGGAGGCCAGUAAGCGCUGCUGCAUCCUGAUUUUAGGGGCUUUAGGGUGCUUUCCUUCCUUUGAAAGAGAAGGGGGAUGACAAAGGUGAAUGCGGUGGGUUCUUCCCCUCCCGGCAGCUGCUGCGGAAAAUCCCGGGGAGACAAAUGGUGAGGAUGGGUAAGGGGAGUUUGCAGCCUCUUUUUUCCACCAGCCUGUCGGGUGCAUCUCCUCCGCCCGGAUGGGCUUCGCCCCUCACCCGUUCCUCCCCUGCAGCCCCCGGGCUCAGGAGGGGAGCGAGGGGAGGGGGAACCGCCAGGGUGUUCGAGGGGAUUGUCAUGGUUACCUCCUGACAAAACAAAUGGCUCCACUGGGUGAUGAUGAUGGUGAUGGUCACCCAGACAGCUCCGGACACUUUGAGUCAGGGGUGGGGAGCGAGAGACCCACCCUGGGGAUCCAGCAGCCCCCCAUCCCAGGGGUGCCAGACACCCUCCCGGCUCCGGGCAGAGCCUCCCCGCCGGGGCACAUGUUGCUGCAGCCGGUUCGAGACAGCGCUCCGCCGCCGUGCCUGUCGCGUUCAGGAUUCCUCCUGCCCCUCCUGCCCUCCCCAGCCCAGCCGCAGAGGGGCUGGAAGAGUGGGUGAAGUUGCUCCAACCCCCCCAUCCCCUUCUUCCUUCUCCUCCUCCUCUCUCCCAGGAAAGCUCCCCACCGUCACGCAGAGACCCCCAGGAAGAUGCCAGGGCUGAUUAACUGGGCCACCCUCUCCCGGCUGCCCCUCAUUGCGUCCGAGGUGACCUCCUGUGUCAGCGGCUAUGCCUUUGGGAUGACAGCCCUGCUCACCUACCACAACCCCGAUCCCCAGGCUCUGGAAGGUCUCUUUGUGUACCCCUUGGACGAGGGCACAACUGUCGUGGGCUUCGAGGCAGCUGUGUCACGGCGCACUGUGACAGUGCAGAUCAAAGACAAAGCCAAGAUGGAUGACACCUACUUCAACAGCUGCAGCCUCCCCCCUGGAAGAGCUGGUGAUGGAAGGCUUAUCAUGGAUGAGGACCUGGAGAGGAUUGUUUUUGUGGCCAACCUGGGCAUGAUUCCUCCCCUGGAAAGUGUCUCCAUCUUCAUCAGCACCUCCUCUGAGCUGCAGACACUCCCCAGCGGGGUGGUGAGAGUCCUUCUGCCAGCUGUGUGUGUCCCCAGGGUCUCCCAGCCCAGCCUGGAGAAUGCCAGAAGCUUUUCCAGCCACCAGCUCCAAACGGACAAGCACCCCUGUGGAUUGGGGAGCCUGGAGCAAGGGAGCAGGUUCUGCCUGACUCAGCUGCUGGACAGUGAGGCCACCAACCCCUUUGAGUAUGAGUUCAGCUUCCAGCUGGAGAUCCGGGGGCCGUGUUUGCUGGCAGGAGUUGAGAGCCCCACACACGAGAUCCGAGCAGACGCCGACCCCUCAGCUCGCUCUGCCAAGAGCAUCGUGAUCACGCUGGCCAACAAACACACCUUCGACAGACCCGUGGAGAUCCUGAUCCACCCAAGUGAGCCCCACUUGCCCCACAUCUUAAUGGAAGAGGGUGACAUGACCCCUGCAGAGUAUGAACGACACCUGAAGGGGAAGAACGAUUUCAUUAAAGGCACUAAGAAAGACCCCAGUGCCAAGAAAAAGACGGAAAUCAUCAGGAAGAGGCUGAACAAGGACAUCCCCCACCACCCUGUCAUCAUGCUCAACUUCUGCCCUGACUUGAGGAUGGUGCAGCCAGGCCUCCGGAAAGCCCAGGGAGAGUUCAUCUUCCUGGUGGACCGCAGUAGGAGCAUGAGUGGUGUGAACAUCAGCCGUGCCAAGGAUGCCCUGCUGGUCAUUCUCAAGAGCCUGAUGCCAGCGUGUCUCUUCAAUGUCAUUUGGUUUGGAUCCACCUUCAAGACCCUCUUUCCUGUCAGCCAGGCCUAUUGUGAGGAGAGCCUGCUCAUUGCCUGCCAGAGCAUCAGGAGGAUCCGGGCUGAUAUGGGCAGCAUCAACCUCUUGUCCCCCCUGAAGUGGCUCGUCCGCCAGCCCACCCACAGGGGCCACCCCCGGCUGCUCUUUCUGCUGACAGCCGGGGCCGUCAGCAACACCGGGAAGGUUCUGGAGCUGCUGCGGGACCACUCCUGCUCCACCAGGUGCUACAGCUUUGGUGUGGGGCCAAACGCCUGCAGCAGGCUGGUCCGGGGUCUGGCUGCCGUGUCCAGGGGCGUCUCCGAGUUCCUGGAGGAGGAUGAGAGGCUGCAGCCCAAGAUGGUCAGGUCACUGAAGAAGGCGAUGGCGCCGGUCCUGAGCGACGUGUCCGUGGAGUGGGUCUUUCCUGAGAGCACCGAGGUCUUGGUGUCCCCUGUCAGCAGCAGCUGCCUGUUCCCUGGUGACCGCCUGGUCAGCUACGGUGUCAUCUGCGACACCUCCCCGUACCUCUCCAACCCCAGAUCUGACAAGAGGCGGCAGUACAGCACGAUGCAUUCCCAGGAGUCGGGCAGCUCUGUUUUCUUUCACUCCCAGGAGGAGGGAGCAAGCUUGGAGAGCUGGAACCACUCCAGAGACUCGGAGGGGUCCUGCCCCGCCGAGCGCUCCCCCGAGCACCUGGGCGUGGGCAGAGAUCCCGGGGCAGAGUCGGACACGGACACGGGAAAGGACGUGCAGGCUCUGUCCAGGCGGCGGGCAUACAGCACCACCCAAAUCUCCGAGCACGAGCCUCGCAGGAAGGUGCCCACAGCCAGCGACCCUGGCACAGCCCUGGUGAAAAACCCCCUGAGGAAAACCCACCUGCAGGACCUGCAGCAGCUCAGCCCCGAGCCCUGCCAGGUGGAUUUCCAGCCCCUCCCGGCCAUCCCGCAUGCCUCUGCCGCCAGGAUCCGUGGCACAGGCGCCCGGCGCCCUGCCCUGCUCCAGCACAGCUGUGUGUCCUUCUGCCAGGACGCCGCCCCCCCGGCGCUGCCGGACGGGCUGCAGGAAGCCCCGGCAAGGGGCUCGGAAGCACUUGGGGCCAUCAGGAGCCUGCACUCCUCAUCGGACAGCCGGAGCCCCGGGGAUCUGGAGUCUGCCCAGCAUCCAUCCCUCACUUUUGAGACAGAGACCUCCUCUGACUGGGAGCCCCAGGACCUGGAUGUGGGUGCUGCCUGUGGCUCCCCACGCUCCCCCAGGACCCUCUGCAAGGCAGUGGUGAAGGGGCUGAGGAACAACGAGCCUGUGCAGUGGGAAGUCACGUUUGAUAUCCACCCUCUGUUCCGGGAGCGGGAGAGCCAGGAGGAUGGUGACACUGACCUGUGGAGUGAGACCUUCCACCACCUGGCAGCCAAGUCACUCAUCCAGGACUUGGAGCAGCUCGCCGACAGGGAGUGUGAAAUCGAGCAUGGGUCGGGGCAGCGGUUCCAGCUCAGCGCUGUCCACACCAGCAAGGCCUGCAACAUCAUCAGCAAGUACACGGCCUUUGUGCCCGUGGACCUGAGCACCAGCUCCUACCUGCCCACCCUGGUGCAGUACACCCACACAGGGGCAACAUCCAAGCAAGGCAACCAGAGGAAACAGAAGAGUUCAGGAAGCAGAAGGCAUCGUGGCUGUUCCCCUGGACGUCCUCAGUCAGCAUGUGGCCAGAAUGGAGACUACAGAUUUAACAGCAGGAAUGCUGAGGAGAGCAGCCCCUCGCCCUCCAGCACCCCGUCCUCGUCUGCCUGGGAGCGCUGCCGUGUCCCUGAAGGGCCUCUCCACAGCCUGUCUGCUUCCUCUGCACAAGCCCAAAAAUCCAUUGAGAGGCUCUUUGCUGCCAGGCUGACCCUCAAUAAAACCAUGCUGCUGGUUCGAGCUGCCAAAGGCUUCAUGAGUAAAUCUCCAAGCAGAGGGAGCAAAGCCAGCUCUGAGGGUGACAGUGAGAGCAUGGACUACCUUCCCCUGGUGUCCCUGCAGCUGGCCUGCGGUGCCUUCCUUCUGAACUCAGCCUUCUGCGACGCCGUCAACAUCCCCAUGGAGAAGCUGAAGCGGACGUCGCCCUUCGCCUGCCACCGCCUGUCCCUCAGCCCCUCCGGCUCGUACAGCACCAAGAGGAGCAGUCCCUCCUCGGAGCACCGGCUCCUGAGCUGCGCCCAGCCGCUGCUGGGCCCCAGUGGGCCGGGGCAGGGCCCGGCCGGGGCAGCGGGGCCGGAGGACACGGGCCGCCUCCGGCUCCUGUCGGGCAGCGCGGCCGAGAGCGCCUGCAGGGCCCUGCAGGCCGACAAGGAGCCGCGGGCCCCGGCCAUCACCAUCCGCAGCUUCUCCUCCCCCGCCGGCAGCGGCCGGGGCUGGGACACCGCCGCCUCCGAGCUGCAGGCUGUGCUCUCGGCCGCGGAGCUGCAGCAGCAGACAGAGCCCGAGGGGAUGCUGUGGGCCACGGCCGUGGCCCUGGCCUGGCUGGAGCACAGCUCGGCCUCCUACUUCAUCGAGUGGGAGCUGGUGGCUGCCAAAGCCAGCCUGUGGCUGAGCGGGCAGGACUUCCCGGAGGGAUCCAGCCUGGCCGCGGUGAAGGCUGCAGCCCAGCAGCUCUUUGUGCUGCUCCGUCACUGGGACGAGAACCUGGAGUUCAACCUGCUGUGCUACAACCCAGGCAGUGUGUAAGAGGAGAAGGAGGGAGGCUUGGGCAGAUCAGUGAGGACACGGGCAGGGAUCUAUCCUUAAGGAAAUGCCUCCAAGGAACUCAACUCCUCUGCUGCAGGGAUGUGUGUGUUUAUUAGAGCAAACCCUGCAAACAGAGCAGCCUGGGCAAAGUCCUGCACUCAGCAGUCAGGAUUUUGCCCUGGAAGGGAACCUACCACUGCCUGCUGUAGAUGCUUUUUAUUUUCAACUAGAUCAACACUUCCAGCUACAGCAGUUCCCUCUGAUUCUGAUUUCUUCUGGUCCAAGCCCAGUUUCCAGGGCAGAUCUUGUGGCCUGCUCCACUUUCCCUGUCCUUGCUUAGAUGCCUUUUCCCAGCUCUGAAUCACUGCCAAGCCCCCACUGCAGCCCCUCAGCCCCGAAUCCCUGCUUUCCUGGUGCUCCUACCUGGCUCCUGCCAUCUCAGAUGACUUUCAGAGAAGACAAAGGUCUGACAACAUGCUCAUCUCAUGGAUAAAAGGGAAUCUGGGCUGGGAAUGAGCAUGUGAAGAGCAGCCCCACUGUCACAGCCAGGAGGAUCGAGCCCAGCCACCCACAAACAAGCCAGGCUGGGACCAAACCCCAUCACAUCCACACAGUGCUGGGCUCCUGCAGGCUCUCUGCAAUCCCAGCAGGAGUUUGUGAGAUCCCUUGCAGCCAAUGUGUGCCUUUGGAGCUCCACAGGCAGAGCCAGGGUGCCCGGGACUGAGGGAUCAAGUGCCUACGGAGGGAGUUGUGUGCCACUGUCUCCAGAGUGGCUGCAAUGCCCGUGGAGCCCAUCUGGAACCCACUGCCUUUUGCUCCCUCCCUUGGCAUGUAGCAGCCUUGCCUGUCCCAGCAGGCUUCUGUCUCGUGUCUGUGUGUCUGGGGGUGACACAGGAGGGAAAGCAGUGCUGGGGACCAUGAGCAUCCCUCUGGUCUCUGCUCUGGUGUCACCUCUCCAAGGUCCUCAGGACCAUGAGCACCCUCUGGUCUCUGCUCUGGUGUCACCUCUCCAAGGUCCUCAGGACCAUGAGCAUCCCCCUAGUCUCUGCUCUGGUGUCACCUCUCCAAGGUCCUCAGGACCAUGAGCACCCUCUGGUCUCUGCUCUGGUGUCACCUCUCCAAGGUCCCCAGGACCAUGAGCACCCUCUGGUCUCUGCUCUCAGUGUGGCCUCUCUGGGAUCCCCAGGAUUAUCCUUCUGGUCUCUGCUCUGGUUUCACCUCUCUCAGGUCUCCAGGAGCUUCCCUCUGGUCUCUGCUCUCAGUGUCAGCUCUCUGGGCUCCCCAGAACCUCGAGCACCCCUCCAGUGUCUGCUUUGAUGUCACCUCUCUGAGGUCCCCGUGUGGCAAUGCUCAGUGGUGCUGCAGGUUUGCUGGCAGGUGCCUGGGCACAGUCGUGUUCUCUGUUGUUGCAGAAGUGUUGUUGUCCCAGUAAAUCACAGCCUGCUCUACUU